UCACUGUGAGACAGCAGCAGCAGCAGCUUGAGGAGAGUGAGUGAAGAGCUGCCGCUGCCGCUGCCGCCCCUGCCCUGCGCCGCUGCCCGGCCGGCCAUGCCCUCUCGGGCAAGGUAAUGAGCCGCAGAGCCCCGGGGUCUCGGCUGAGCGGCAUCGGCACCAGGCAGCACUAUCACCCGCGGAGCUGGAAUGACUGGCAACCCAGAACUGACAGUGCAUCAGCUGACCAAGACAAUUUAAAAUACCCUGCAUCCAGAGACCGGGGCAGCUCUGCCUCCUAUGGAUUACAACCCUCAAAUUCAGCUGUGGUGUCUCGACAAAGACACGAUGAUAUCAGAGUCCAUACUGACAUACAGAAUGAAGAAAAAGGUGGCUACAAUGUCAAUGGAGGAUCUGGGGAAAAUACUUAUGGUCGGAAGUCGGUGGGGCAAGAGCUGAGAGUUAACAAUGUGACCAACCCUGAUUUUACCAGUGUUCAGCAUGGAAAUCGUGCUUUAGCCACAAAAGACAUGAGGAAAUCACAGGAGCGAUCGUUGUCUUAUUCUGACGAGUCUCGACUGUCAAAUCUUCUUCGGAGGAUUACUCGGGAAGACGACAGAGACCGAAGACUGGCUACUGUAAAGCAAUUGAAAGAAUUUAUUCAGCAACCAGAAAACAAACUGGUACUAGUUAAACAACUGGAUAAUAUCCUGACUGCCAUACAUGAUGUGCUUAAUGAAAGUAGCAAAUUGCUUCAAGAACUGAGACAAGAGGGAGCUUGCUGUCUUGGCCUUCUUUGUGCUUCUUUGAGCUACGAGGCUGAGAAGAUCUUUAAAUGGAUUUUUAGCAAAUUUAGCUCAUCCACUAAAGAUGAAGUUAAACUUCUUUACUUGCGUGCAACCUACAAAGCACUAGAGACUGUGGGAGAAAAGAAAGCCUUUUCAUCUGUAAUGCAGCUUGUAAUGACCAGCCUGCAGUCCAUUCUAGAAAAUGUGGAUACACCAGAGUUACUGUGCAAAUGUGUCAAGUGCAUCCUUCUGGUCUCCCGAUGUUACCCACAUAUUUUCAGCACCAAUUUUAGGGACACAGUUGACAUAUUGGUUGGGUGGCAUAUAGAUCACACUCAGAAACCUUCUCUGACACAGCAGGUAUCUGGAUGGCUACAGAGCUUGGAGCCAUUUUGGGUAGCUGAUCUUGCUUUUUCCACCACACUUUUGGGUCAGUUUCUAGAGGAUAUGGAGGCAUAUGCUGAGGACCUCAGCCAUGUGGCCUCUGGAGAAUCAGUGGAUGAAGAUAUUCCUCCUCCUUCAGUAUCACUACCUAAAUUAGCUGCGCUGCUUCGGGUUUUCAGCACUGUUGUGAGGAGUAUUGGGGAACGCUUCAGCCCAAUUAGAGGACAACCAAUUACUGAAGCAUAUGUAACUGAUGUUCUGUACAGAGUAAUGAGAUGUGUGACUACAGCGAACCAAGUUUUCUUCUCUGAGGCUGUACUGACGGCUGCCAAUGAGUGUGCUGGGGUUUUACUUGGUAGUCUGGACCCGAGUAUGACUAUACACUGUGACAUGGUCAUCACAUAUGGCUUAGAUCAACUGGAGAAUUGCCAGACUUGUGGUACCGAUUAUAUCAUCUCAGUCUUGAAUUUAUUGACACUGAUUGUUGAACAAAUAAAUACAAAAUUGCCAUCGACAUUUGUAGAGAAAUUGUUCAUACCAGAAUCUAAAUUGCUUGUACUCCGUUACCAUAAGGAGAAAGAGGUUGUUGCAGCAGCCCAUGCUGUCUAUCAAGCAGUAUUGAGCCUGAAAAACAUUCCUGUUUUAGAGACUGCUUACAGGUUGAUUCUGGGAGAAAUGACCUGUGCUCUAAAUAGUCUUCUCUGUAGCCUACAACUUCCUGAGGCAUGUUCUGAAAUCCAGCAUGAUGCUUUUAAGAACCAUGUAUUCAAUGUGGCUAAUGCAAAGUUUGUAGUUAUAUUUGACCUCAGUGCCCUAACUACUAUUGGAAAUGCUAAAAACUCUUUGAUUGGGAUGUGGGCCCUUUCUCCAACUGUGUUUGCACUGUUGAGUAAGAAUUUGAUGAUUGUUCACAGUGACAUAGCUGUUCACUUUCCUGCUGUCCAGUAUGCAGUUCUCUACACUUUGUAUUCACAUUGUACCAGGCAUGACCACUUCAUAUCCAGUAGCCUCAGCUCCUCCUCUCCUUCUUUGUUUGAUGGAGCAGUGAUUAGCACUGUAACCACAGCUACAAAGAAACAUUUCUCUAUCAUACUAAACCUUUUGGGGUUAUUGCUUAAGAAGGAUAACCUUAUUCAAGAUACCAGGAAACUACUGAUGACCUGGGCUUUGGAAGUGGCUGUUCUAAUGAAAAAAUCAGAAACAUAUGCACCGUUAUUCUCUCUUCCAUCUUUCCACAAGUUUUGUAAAGGACUUCUAGGAAACACACUUCUUGAAGAUGUGAAUAUCUGUCUUCAAGCAUGUAGUAGCCUCCAUGCCCUGUCAUCAUCCCUACCAGAUGACCUUUUACAAAGGUGUGUUGAUGUGUGCCGUGUUCAACUAGUCCAUAGUGGUGCCCGUAUAAGACAAGCUUUUGGAAAACUGUUAAAGUCAAUUCCUUUGGAUGUGGUUCUGAGUAACAACCACCACACAGAAAUACUAGAAAUCUCUUUGGCUGUAAGAAAUCACAUGAGCAAAGCUCCAAGUAAUACAUUCCACCCACAGGACUUCUCUGAUGUCAUUAGUUUUAUUUUGUAUGGGAGCUGUCACAGAACAGGGAAGGACAAUUGGUUAGAAAGAUUGUUCUACAGCUGCCAGAGAUUAGAUAAACGUGACCAAUCAACCAUUCCUCGCAAUCUGUUGAAGACAGAUGCUGUCCUUUGGCAGUGGGCUGUUUGGGAAGCAGCUCAGUUUACAGUCCUUUCUAAGUUGAGAACCCCUCUAGGUAGAGCCCAAGAUACGUUCCAGACAAUUGAAGGUAUCAUUAGAAGUCUUGCAGCCCACACGUUAAACCCUGAUCAAGAUGUUAGCCAGUGGACUACAGCUGACAAUGAUGAAGGACACAGCAGUAAUCAGCUUAGACUUGUUCUCCUUCUACAGUACUUGGAGAAUCUGGAGAAAUUGAUGUACAAUGCUUAUGAAGGAUGUGCUAAUGCACUCACUUCUCCACCCAAGGUUAUCAGGACAUUCUUUUAUACUAACCGCCAGACCUGCCAAGAUUGGCUAACUCGGAUUAGACUUUCUAUCAUGCGGGUUGGAUUGUUGGCUGGUCAACCUGCUGUGACAGUCAGACAUGGUUUUGAUUUACUCACAGAAAUGAAGACCAAUAAUAUCUCUCAGGGAAGUGAAUUAGAAGUGACAAUUAUGACAUUGGUGGAAGCACUAUGUGAGCUUCAUUGCCCUGAAGCUAUACAAGGAAUAGCUGUCUGGUCUUCUGCUGUAGUUGGGAAGAGUCUGUCUUGGAUUAAUUCUGUAGCUCAGCAAGCAGAAGGACGGUUUGAAAAAGCAACUGUUGAAUACCAAGAGCACUUGAGUUCCAUGACAGGAGUGGAUUGCUCCGUAGCUGGUUUUGAUAAAUCUGUCCUGAAGUUGGCCAAUUCAAGUAGUGGCAAUAAUGCCAGCCCAAAGCAUUCUUUGAAUGGUGAAGCUAGAAAAACUGUUCUGACUAAACCAAGUGAUUCUUCACCUGAAGUUAUAAAUUACUUGGGUAACAAAGCAUGUGAAUGUUACAUUGCAAUUGCUGAUUGGGCUGCUGUACAAGAAUGGCAGAAUGCUGUCCAUGACUUGAAAAAAAGCACAAGUAAUACCUCCGUCAAUUUAAAAGCAGACUUUAACUACAUAAAAUCUUUAAGCAGCUUUGAAUGUGGAGAACUUACUGACUGUACAGGACAGCUAGAACUGCUACCUGGAGAAAACAUCAACCUACUUACUGGAGGAUCCAAAGAAAAAAUAGACAUGAAGAAGCUGCUUCCUAAUAUGCUAAGUCCUGAUCCAAGAGAAUUUCAGAAAGCAAUUGAAGUACAGUUGUUGAGAAGUUCAGUAUGUCUGGCAACAGCUAUAAACCACACAGAACAGGAACAAAAGUGGCAAUUGAUAACUGAAAAUAUUGUAAAAUACCUGAAGCAGACGUCACGAAUAGCCGUUGGACCUUUAAGACUUUCCACGCUGACUGUGUGUCAGUCAUUGCCAGUGUUGAGCACUCUGCAGUUAUAUUGUUCAUCUGCGUUGGAAAAUACAGUAUCAAGCAGGCUUUCAUCAGAGGAUUGUCUUAUUCCUCUUUUUAGUGAUGCUUUACGAUCGUGCAAACAGCAUGAUGUAAGACCAUGGAUGCAUGCCCUAAGAUAUACUGUGUACCAGAAUCAAUUGCUGGAAAAACUUAAAGAACAAACUGUCUCUGUUAGAAGUCAUCUAAUGGAACUGGGUCUAACGGCAGCAAAAUUUGCUAGAAAACGGGGGAAUGUGGCCCUGGCCACACGAUUGCUUGCUCAAUGCAGUGAAGUUCAGCUGGGAAAAACCACUACUGCUCAAGAUUUAGUUCAGCACUUCAAAAAAUUGUCAGCACCAGGUCAAAUAGAUGAAAAAUGGAGUCCUGAACUUGAUAUUGAGAAAACAAAAUUGUUAUACACAGCUGGUCAGUCAACACAUGCUAUGGAAAUGCUGAGUUCUUGUGCCAUAUCCUUCUGCAAAUCUGCCAAAGCUGAAUAUGCAGUAGCUAAGUCUAUUCUUACACUGGCUAAAUGGAUUCAAGCUGAAUGGAAAGAGAUUUCAGGACAACUAAAGCAAGUAUACAGAGCACGACAGCAACAGAAUCUCACUGGCCUUUCUACAUUGUCUAAAAACAUAUAUACUUUGAUUGACCUGCCGGCUGUUAAUACAAUAGAAGAAGAAUAUCCUAGGAUUGAAAGUGAAUCUACAGUAAAUAUUGGCGUUGGAGAACCUGACUUCAUUUUGGGGCAGCUGUAUCAUCUGUCUUCAGUACAGGCACCUGAAGUAGCCAAGUCAUGGGCAGCACUGGCUAGUUGGGCUUACAGAUGGGGCCGAAAAGUAGUUGAUAAUGCCAGUCAGGGAGGUGUCCGUCUUCUGCCAAAAGAGAAAUCUGAGGUUCAAAGCUUGCUUCCUGACAACAUUUCAGAGGAAGACAGAGAGAAAAUCUAUGGCAUUCUUGGACAGGCAGUAUGUCGUCCAGCUGGAAUUCAGGAUGAAGACAUGACCCUACAGAUCACAGAAAAUGAAGACAAUGAAGAAGAUGACAUGGUGGAUGUUAUAUGGCGUCAAUUGUUGACUAGUUGCCCCUGGCUUUCAGAUCUUGAUGAAAAUGCAACAGAGGGGUUAAUUAAAGUGUGGAGAAAAGUAGUAGACAGAAUCUUCAGUCUCUAUAAACUGUCCUGCAGUGCAUAUUUUACCUUCCUUAAACUCAAUGCUGGUCAGGUUCCUCUUGAUGAAGAUGAUCCCAGACUACUUUUAAGAAACACUUCUGAACAAAGCACUGAUGACGUUAUUGUGAUGGCAACCUUGAGAUUGUUGAGAUUACUUGUGAAACAUGCUGGAGAACUUAGACAAUAUCUAGAGCAGGGACUAGAAACAACCCCUACUGCUCCAUGGAGAGGUAUUAUUCCUCAGCUCUUCUCCCGCCUGAACCACCCUGAAGUAUAUGUCCGUCAAAGUAUUUGUAAUUUACUGUGUCGAGUAGCUCAAGAUUCUCCUCAUCUUAUAUUGUAUCCUGCAAUAGUGGGUACCAUUUCACUUAGCAGUGAAUCCCAGUCUUCAGGGAACAAGUUGCCCUCUGCAAUCCCCACUUUGCUAGGUAACAUUCAAGGUGAAGAACUAUUAGGUAGUGAAUGUGAAGGAGGAAGUCCCCCAGCUUCUCAAGAAAGUAAUAAGGAUGAACCAAAAAAUGGAUUAAAUGAAGACCAAGCAAUGAUGCAGGACUGCUACAGCAAAAUUGUAGAAAAACUGUCUACUGCAAAUCCAACCAUGGUGUUGCAGGUUCAGAUGCUAGUAGCAGAGCUGCGCCGAGUUACAGUUCUGUGGGAUGAACUUUGGUUGGGAGUGCUGUUGCAGCAGCACAUGUAUGUCCUCAGACGGAUUCAGCAACUGGAAGAUGAAGUCAAGAGGGUUCAAAACAACAACACUCUACGGAAAGAGGAAAAGAUAGCAAUCAUGCGUGAAAAGCAUACAGCUCUAAUGAAGCCCAUUGUAUUUGCUUUGGAACAUGUGCAAAGCAUCACUGCAGCUCCUGCAGAAACUCCUCAUGAAAAAUGGUUUCAGGACAACUAUGGAGAUGCAAUUGAAAAUGCUUUGGAAAAACUUAAGAACCCUUCUAAUCCUGCUAAACCUGGAAGCAGUUGGAUCCCGUUUAAAGAGGUUAUGCUAAGUUUGCAACAAAGAGCACAGAAACGUGCUAGUUACCUCUUACACCUUGAAGAAAUUAGUCCUUGGUUGGCUGCCACGAUGAACACUGAAAUAGCACUCCCUGGAGAAGUGUCCGCUAGAGACACAGUUACAAUUCAAAGCGUGGGGAGCACUAUCACAAUUCUGCCUACUAAAACCAAACCCAAAAAACUCCUUUUCCUGGGUUCAGAUGGGAAGAACUACCCAUACCUUUUCAAAGGUUUAGAAGAUUUACACCUGGAUGAGAGAAUCAUGCAGUUUUUAUCAAUUGUGAACACCAUGUUUGCUACAAUUAAUCGUCAAGAGACGCCACGGUUUCAUGCUAGGCACUAUUCCGUGACACCACUGGGAACGAGAUCUGGCCUAAUACAAUGGGUGGAUGGAGCCACUCCUUUAUUUGGUCUUUACAAGCGGUGGCAGCAGCGAGAAGCUGCUUUACAAGCACAAAAGGCUCAGGAUUCUUACCAGACCCCUCAAAAUCCUGGAAUAGUACCUAGACCCAGUGAACUUUACUACAGUAAAAUUGGACCUGCUUUGAAGGCAGUUGGGCUUAGUCUAGAUGUAUCUCGUCGUGACUGGCCUUUGAACGUAAUGAAGGCUGUUCUAGAGGAGCUUAUGGAAGCAACUCCACCAAAUCUUCUAGCUAAAGAACUUUGGUCGUCAUGUGCUACACCUGAUGAGUGGUGGAGAGUUACGCAGUCAUAUGCGAGAUCCACUGCAGUUAUGUCCAUGGUUGGCUAUAUAAUUGGUCUUGGAGACAGACAUCUGGAUAAUGUUCUUAUCGACAUGACUACAGGAGAAGUUGUACAUAUAGAUUACAAUGUUUGUUUUGAAAAAGGAAAAAGCCUUAGAGUACCAGAAAAAGUUCCUUUCCGGAUGACGCACAAUAUUGAAACAGCACUUGGAGUAACUGGAGUAGAAGGGGUUUUCAGGCUUUCUUGUGAACAGGUUCUACAUAUUAUGCGACGUGGGAGAGAGACUUUGCUUACGUUGCUUGAGGCUUUUGUUUAUGAUCCUCUUGUGGACUGGACAGCAGGAGGGGAAGCAGGAUUUGCUGGGGCUGUGUAUGGUGGUGGUGGCCAGCAGGCUGAAAACAAACAGAGCAAAAGAGAGAUGGAAAGAGACAUCACUCGUAGCCUCUUUUCUUCAAGAGUAGCUGAGAUAAAGGUAAACUGGUUUAAGAACAGAGAUGAAAUGCUGGUUGUGCUUCCUAAGCUGGACAGCAGUUUAGAAGAGUAUCUAAGCUUGCAAGAACAGUUGACGGACAUUGAAAAAUUGCAAGGCAAAUUACUAGAAGAGAUAGAAUUUCUAGAAGGAGCAGAAGGCGUGGAUCACCCAUCUCACACAUUGCAGCACAGGUAUUCUGAACACACCCAGCUGCAAUCGCAGCAAAGAGCUGUUCAGGAAGCAAUCCAAGUGAAGCUGAAUGAAUUUGAGCAGUGGAUAACACAUUACCAAGCUGCUUUUAAUAAUUUAGAGGCAACACAACUUGCAAGUCUUCUUCAAGAAAUUAGCACCCAAAUGGACCUUGGUCCCCCAAGUUAUGUACCAGCAACAGCCUUUCUGCAGAAUGCUGGCCAGGCACAUUUGAUCAGUCAGUGUGAACAGCUAGAGGGAGAGGUUGGUGCUCUUCUUCAACAGAGGCGGUCUGUUUUACGUGGCUGUCUUGAACAGUUGCAUAACUACGCAACAGUAGCUCUUCAGUAUCCCAAAGCUGUGUUUCAGAAACACCGAAUUGAGCAGUGGAAGACGUGGAUGGAAGAACUCAUCUGUAACAUGACAAUAGAACGUUGUCAGGAUCUCUAUGGGAAGUAUGAAAUGCAGUAUGCUCCUCAGCCACCUCCAACUGUAUGUCAAUUCAUAACUGCUACAGAAAUGACUCUUCAAAGAUAUGCAGCAGAUAUAAACACCAGACUAAUCAGACAGGUGGAACGUUUGAAACAAGAAGCAGUCACUGUGCCAGUUUGUGAGGAACAAUUGAAAGAAAUUGAACGUUGCAUUAAGGUUUUCCUUCAUGAAAAUGGAGAGGAGGGGUCAUUAAGCCUAGCAAGUGUUGUUAUAUCUGCUCUUUGCACCCUUACAAGACGUAAUCUAAUGAUGGAAGGUGCCGCAUCUAGUGCUGGAGAGCAGCUGGUUGAUUUGACUUCAAGGGAUGGAGCCUGGUUCUUGGAGGAGCUGUGUAGCAUGAGUGGGAAUGUUACAUGCCUCGUGCAGUUGUUGAAGCAAUGUCAUCUGGUCCCACAGGACUUGGACAUUCCAAACCCAAUUGAAGCAUCAGAAGCAGUUCACUUAGCUAAUGGAGUUUACAUCUCACUUCAGGAAUUGAACUCAAACUUCAGGCAGAUCAUUUUUCCAGAAGCUCUUAGAUGUUUAAUGAAAGGAGAGUACACUUUAGAAAGUAUGCUUCAUGAACUGGACAAUCUUAUUGAACAAACAACUGAUGGAGUCCCUUUGCAAACGCUGGUUGAAUCUCUUCAAGCCUAUUUGAGAAAUGCAGCUAUGGGGCUAGAAGAAGAAACACAUACUCAUUACAUUGAUGUUGCAAGAAUGCUUCAUGCUCAGUAUGGUGAAUUAAUUCAGCCAAGAAAUGGUUCCGUUGAUGAAACUCCAAAAAUGUCAGCUGGCCAGAUGCUUUUGGUUGCAUUUGAUGGAAUGUUUGCCCAAGUAGAAACUGCAUUUGGCUUGUUAAUUGAAAAGCUAAACAAGAUGGAAGUACCUGUUGCAUGGCGUAAGAUUGACAUAAUCAGGGAAGCCCGGAGCACUCAAGUUAAUUUCUUUGAUGAUGAUGAUAAUCGACAAGUUCUAGAGGAGAUUUUCUUUCUAAAGAGACUACAGACAAUUAAAGAGUUUUUCAGACUCUGUGGUACAUUUUCUAAAACUUUGUCAGGAUCAAGUUCACUUGAAGAUCAGAACACAGUAAAUGGACCUGUGCAAAUUGUCAAUGUGAAAGCCCUUUAUAGAAAUUCUUGUUUUAGUGAAGACCAAAUGGCCAAACCUAUAAAGGCAUUUACAGCAGAUUUUGUGAGACAGCUUUUAAUUGGCCUUCCAAAUCAAGCCUUGGGGCUUACUUUGUGCAGUUUCAUCAGUGCUCUGGGUGUGGAUAUCAUUGCUCAAGUAGAAGCUAAGGACUUUGGAGCAGAAAGCAAAGUUUCUGUGGAUGACUUGUGUAAGAAAGCUGUAGAACACAAUAUCCAAAUUGGCAAGUUCUCACAGUUGGUCAUGAACAGGGCAACAGUAUUGGCCAGUUCAUAUGACACAGCAUGGAAGAAACAUGAUUUAGUGCGCAGACUUGAAACCAGUAUUUCUUCUUGCAAGACUAGCCUUCAGAGGGUGCAAUUGCAUAUUGCCAUGUUCCAGUGGCAGCAUGAAGAUCUCCUUAUCAGUCGCCCACAAGCCAUGUCCAUUACUCCUCCACCCCGUUCUGCAAUUUUAGCCAGCAUGAAAAAGAAACUUCAUACGCUCAGCCAGAUCGAAGCUUCAAUUGGAACAGUUCAGGAGAAGCUAGCAGCACUUGAAGCCAGCAUUGAGCAGCGUUUGAAAUGGGCAGGAGGUGCCAAUCCUGCAUUGGCCCCAGUCCUACAAGAUUUUGAUGCUACUAUUGCUGAAAGAAGAAACCUUGUCCUUAAAGAAAGUCAAAGAGCAAGUCAGGUUACUUUCCUCUGCAGUAACAUAAUUCAUUUUGAAAGUUUACGCACUAGAACAGCAGAAGCCUUGAGUCUUGAUACUGCGUUAUUUGAACUUAUCAAACGUUGUCAACAAAUGUGUUCAUUUGCAUCACAGUUUAACAGUUCAGUCUCUGACCUGGAGCUACGUUUACUUCAGAGAGUGGGCACCAAUCUUGAACAUCCUAUUGGUAGCUCUGAAUGGCUUCUCUCAGCUCACAAACAACUAACCCAGGACAUGUCUACGCAAAGGGCAGUGCAAGCAGAGAAAGAACAACAGAUAGAAACAGUUUGUGAAACAAUUCAGAAUCUGGUUGAUAGUAUUAAAACUGUGCUCACUGGUCACAACCGACAACUUGGAGAUGUCAAACAUCUGCUGAAAGCCAUGGCAAAGGAUGAAGAAGCCGCUCUUGCAGAUGGUGAAGAUGUUCCCUAUGAGAACAGUGUUAGGCAGUUCUUGGGUGAAUAUAAAUCAUGGCAAGACAAUAUUCAGACAGUUUUGUUUACAUUAGUUCAAGCUAUGGGUCAGGUCCGCAAUCAGGAGCAUGUUGAAAUGCUGCAGGAAAUAACUCCCACCCUGAAAGAACUCAAAACACAGAGUCAAAGUGUCUACAAUAAUCUAGUGAGUUUUGCAUCACCCUUAGUCACGGAUACAUCAAAUGAAUGUUCAAGCCCAACAUCAGCUGCUACAUAUCAGCCAACCUUUGCUGCAGCAGUGCGUAGCAAUACAGGACAGAAGACCCAGCCAGAGGUCAUGUCGCAGAAUGCAAGAAAGCCAAUUCAGAAAAAUCUUGCUACGUCAGCAGAUACGCCUCCAAGCACAGUUCCAGGAACUGGCAAAGGUGUUGCCUGUAGUCCUAAAAAGGCCGUCAGGGACCCUAAAACAGGAAAGGCUGUGCAAGAAAGGAAUUCAUAUGCAGUUAGUGUGUGGAAGCGAGUCAAAGCCAAGUUAGAGGGCCGAGAUGUGGAUCCCAACAGGAGAAUGUCUGUUGCUGAACAGGUUGACUUUGUAAUUAAGGAAGCAACUAAUCUAGAUAACUUGGCUCAGCUGUAUGAAGGUUGGACAGCCUGGGUAUGAAUAGGAAGAAAGCAGAUCAGUCUGGUUCAGCAAGGUCAGACAUCCACCAGAAUCAACUCGGCCUCAGGCAUCCAUAGCUGCACCACAGUCGGUGGUGAUGCAUACUGGGGCUUAAUCUGAGGAAACCUAGGAAAUCUCGGUGCACUGGGAAGUGAAUCCUGCAGGAUAGCUGCACUCAGGGAUAUGCUAAACACAAUGGUCUGCAACCCCCCAGGGUCAAGGGUGAAAGCUCACCGCCUGAACAACACGGUUGUCUUUCUGCUACAGAAGAACUGCAAACGUGUCAGGGGGUUAGCUGCAGAAAAGAAAUUGGAAUGCUACAAACCGCAGAGUGAUUGGAACUCAAUUCCACCUGACCCUGUGAACAAUUCAGGAAACAUCAAACCCUGUUCAAAGAAAAACAGGAAAAUGGGUCCGUGAAGAAAUCACAGCAAAGGGAGAUUUGAUGCAUUUAGAUUCUUGUUGCUCUUGUUGGUUGGCAACAGUGCUGGUUGAGUUGACCAGUUAGUAUAAAAAAGGCUACAAGGUAUGAACUUCAGAAAUGGACUGAAAGCAAAGAGCUGUAUCAGAUACACACUACAUUGGAAGAACUUCUGAGAUAGAAGAAAAAGCCUGUGUGUCUUCCCCCUUUUUUCCCCGCUUGCCCCAUCCCCUUGGCUUAUUCUUGUAGUUUAGGUGUACUUCCAAUAUACUUUUUAUUUCAAUCCUUGUAUUUCACAGGUUAGUCAAAUUAACAAAAUUUUUUGUUUGGUAAACAGGAAAAUUUCCAAAAAUACUGAAAAUAUUGAACAUUCAUUAAUUAUUUCUGAGUUGGCUGAUCAAAUGCAAAAUGUAAUUUUGGUUACUUUAAAAUCAUUUCUGUGAUUUUUAUCAUGUACAGUUUCUCAAGAUUGUCACUGUGCAUUUAAAAGUAAUGAAUCUAGCAGGCAUUUGAUUUAAUGUGCACUUCCCUCUGCUUGCAGUGUACACUUUUUUGUAAUUCAGAAUUGUCCCUCAAAUCUCAUUCUACUGUGAUUGCUGUAGUUUCUUUGGUAAAAUGUAGCUAAUCCAAUGUAAUCUUUACCUUUUUAAAAACCAGGAUAGAGUAUCUAGUAGAGUUUUACAUUGUUGAUGACAGAUAAACAAACAAUAAAGUGAUAUUCUGGUGGAGGUAGAGUGAUAUGCUUUUUAAUUCACGUUCUUAAUGCUUUAAUUUACACUUGUAAAUUAUUGUGCUUCAGUUUACUGAGGUUUUCAGGACCUGUACAUAUAAUAUUAAUGAAGAACUAUCCAAUUUUUGUUCAACUCAUUUGAAAAGAUUUGUGCAAAGUAAUUGUGCUUUGCCAUAUGACUUCAGUAGAUAGUUGUUCAAUAAUGCAUUGAUAAUUAAUUUCUUACCAUCAAGAUUUUCUUAAAUUCAGCUCUGCACUCAAAGUGUGGUUAUGGUCAGAAAAGUUUCUAUAAAAAUGGCAUCUACUUAACAGAUCUACUUUCAGUUCAUACUGUGCCAUAUCUGCCUAUUGACUAAAAUAUUUUUCCACUGUUUUAUUCUUUAGACUAUAUGGACUGUGCCAUACUAUGGAAGAGAUGAGCUGGUUCUUUUUGUGGCUCAUGCACUUAGCACAAUUCUGUUCCGAUUACAGAAUCUAUUACUAGUGGUGAUGUCCAAGAUAGAAGGCACAUUGCUGGAACUCUCUGAUCCCAGACGAAUUUGCAGGACUGGUGUAAAAAUCAUUUCUCUAUUUGUAAACUUAGCAAAUUUGGUUUAAAAGCCAUUGAAAGAUGAUAAACUUGGAAUUCCAUUUUAGCCACUUAGAAUGUGUGCCAUUUUAGCCACUUUUCAGAGUAAAAACACACUUUAAAUACUGAGCUACCCAAAAUGAUUUUUUUAAAUCAAAACUUAAUCAUAAUUAAAUAUCUUGGGCCAAGUUCAUCACUUGCAUGAGCUGACACAAUUUUCAUUUAUGUUAAGAGAGUUGCACUUGCUUAUGUGAGUGGAGAGCUUGGCCUGUAGCUAGAGUAGUGAUUAUCAAAUAACACAAAUUAACAAAAGGCAUAAGUAACAGAAGAACAUACAUUAUUUUACAUAUUUACCAUGUGUUACCUCUUAUGCCUUCUCAGUAGGUCCUAGGCAGAUCUGCAUUCACUCUCCUUUUGCCAGUCUUUCAUGGACAUACUUUAGUGUUAGAUAUUCCAACAAAACUAUGGCCUUUUUUGCAUUCUGAUUGCCUGACUAGGGGUAGGGAGGUCACAGGCUAUAUGUUUAUUGAUACUCAUGACAAAUGCAUUCCAAUAUCAAUGCUUUCGAAACCCUCUGCCCUGACAUGUAUUGCAAGAAAUAGUGUUUGAAUGUUGAAAGCAAAGAAAAUUCAUAUGCCUAACAAGACACUCUCACUGCUAGUCCAUUUUACUUUUUCUCCACUUUCAAAUAACCUUACAAACAAUCUGUACUGGAGCACCAUAGUAAUAAGACUGUAUUAUACAUGCUGUUUUAUUUCUUGGAAGCGGGGGGAGGGGAGGGUUAACGCACUCACCUGUGGCUCAUGUAUUAUUCCUCUGCUAUCCAGAAAUGAAACGCUUGUGUGGAGAUGGGUUCUUUACUGCCUAACUGAAUAAAGUUUAAAAAGAAACUCA